UAAUAUCUUCUAGGACUUGAUCCAGUUCACUUCUGAAACCUUCUUAUAAACUGUUUUUCUAUUGCAAAACAUGUUUUUUAAAGCAUAUCUUUAGUCCAUUAGAAACCCGAAUAAUCAAGUCCUUCAUUACAUCGCUGACGUUUCCUCUGCUUCGUCGAACUUCCUAUUAAUAUGCAGCCCAAGACCAAUCAAUUUUAAGGGCUCCAGUUAAAAUUGGGCGCAUUUCCGAUGGGCAUCUUCCGAAGCGCUGCCUCUGCCUCGCCGACAAUUGAGCUGCGUGAGCCAGACUUUUAUUGGCUUUUUCGUCCUGCCAGCGCCAGUUUGGGUGUUCCUGUCGGCUUGCGCGCACAUCUCUCGCGAUCCUUUCAUCCGAUUUUCUUGUAAAUAAACACGGAAAAACUCGUGGACUUGGUAAAAAAUGCUUAUAAAAUAGACAGUUUUAUUAGUUCCCAUAAAAAACUAUCGUAGAUUCGAUGUUAAAUUACUUAAAACCGCGUAAACCUUAAAUUAAAUGUUCCUGCUUCGGAUGUAAUCAAAAUAAUAAGCAAAAUACGUGUCUUAAAUGUUAAAUGUAACUGUGUCGUAAAUGUUUAGAUAGAUAUAUAUUUUAGAAAAUAUUUUAUAUGUAUGUCGUUGUUCCUUCCAAUAAAUGUUUCUAUAAUAUAAGACUGUAAGAUAUAUUUAAAAAAAACAUAUAUUUUUGCUAAUAGUCUACUGAGAGUAUAAUGCCAGAAAUAAAUAGUAAGUUCGAACUGAAAUUUUUUAAACGGAAGUCUACCUCUGAGAAGAAAGUGAAGUCUCCGGAUGGUGGUCAGAAGAAUCUUAAAAGUCCGGUUAACAGAGUUAAAAUAAAUGCUCCAUACGCAUAUGUUGAGGAAUUGGUGGUCAGCUCACCUAGCGAAAGAAACUGGAGGGGGAUAUUCAUAGCGCUGCUGGUGAUAGCGGCCGUUUUGGGGCUGAUAGUAUUCAGUAUAGUACUGGUUUCUCCACCCGAAGAGUGUCCCAGAAGCAAAGGAACUAAACCUAACCUAGAGGAUAUCUUCUUGAAACUGCCAUCUCCUGCAAGGUUUAAUGGAACUUGGAUAUCAGAUACCGAAUUUAUUUUUAAAGAUUUUUAUGGAGGUAUAUCGUUGUUUAAUGCGGAUAAUCUCACUACGAGUAUUAUUAUGACAAAUAUUACACUGAGACAAUAUGAAGUUGUUGAUUUUAAAGUUUCUAACGAUUUACGAUUCGUGCUGCUUAUAAGUGAUAUAGUCAAGAUCUACGAAUAUUCCACGUUGGCCAAAUAUCACAUAUAUGAAAUUUCUACAAGAAUUAGGAAGCCUCUAAGUCCAAAGGAACUGGACGAGACGGCCCCGUAUUUACAGUACGCCGUGUGGUCAUCAGACGGCGCUGCUUUGGCUUUCGUUCACAACAACGACAUCUACUACAAGCCUAAGGUGGAGAAGGAUCUGGUGUGCCGUAUAACGAAUAACGGGGCCUCAAACACUAUGUUCAACGGAGUACCUGACUGGCUGUACGAAAACGAAAUUCUGAAAACGGAUCACACCGUCUGGUUCUCGGCCGACAACAGUUACCUGUUGUAUUUGAGAUUUAACGAUACGGACGUAGGGGAAUACAAGUAUCCUUGGUAUAACAGCAGAAGUUCGGAGGCUAUAUAUCCUCAGAUAAGAAGUUUUCGAUAUCCACGGGUGGAAACCCCUAAUCCCAAUGUAACUGCGUGGAUAGUGAAUCUGACGAUGCCAAAAUACCUCUUCCCUUUCGAACUGAAGCCAACAAAUAGCGUAGAAUCCGGUAGUUAUGUCACCAGUGCCAAAUUUCACGGGGAGAAUAGCGUCGACCUCGUUUGGUUGAACCGGAAGCAGAACAAGUUUGUUCUUAUAACGUGCCGCAACCAAAUCAAUUAUAUCUGUGAAGACUUCCAUGUGGAAAAAGAACACGACGAUAUUGGAUGGACUGAGGCGAUCUUUCACCCAGUGUUUAGUGAGAACGGCACUAAGGCCCUUGUAAAACUUCCAGUGAAGGACGGCAUUAACGGGCACUACUUGCACGUGUGCAUUGUGGAGAACGGAAAAGUGGUGCCGUUGUCACAUGGUCCGUUUGAAGUUAUACGAAUUUUAGCUUGGGACGAAGAAAAUUUUUAUAUAUACGCUUUAGGCACAAGCCCGAACAACCCAGGUCAUCGCCAUCUCCUCCGAAUCAACAGCAAAAUCAACUCGAAAGAAGAACAAGCAUGUCUCACUUGUUUCAACGAAACCGAACAGAACACCACAGAGUCAAACCCUUUCAAUGAAACAAUUCUCAACCAGAACAUGUGGCUCAACUACCAGUGCGACUACAAUAACGUCAUAUUAAGUAAAGGCGCCAGUUACUUCAUUCAAGAAUGUCUGGGACCGGAUAUACCUAUAGUUGUGUUGGCCAGGACGCUUCCUAACAUAAGACUGGCCGUUUUGGACACGAGUAACAAGUUGAGGAAGAGGGUGAAUAGGUUUUCGUCACCUCAAGAGAAGUCAAUUUCGGUGGAGAUUGAGUUCGGAUAUAAGGCGCAAGUGAGACUAUAUUUGCCAGCUAUAUUGAGGGAGUACGAGGAUACUACCUUUCCUUUAGUCUUGCUAGUAGACGCAUCACCAUCCUCGCAGACGGUUUCCUCCAAAUGGGAAGUAUCGUGGCCCUGGUACUUGACCAGUACCAGAAACUACAUAGUGGCCAAAAUCGACGCCAGGGGGUCCGGUUUCCAGGGAGUCAAAAUGCGUCGAGAAAUCCAGAGGAGGAUAGGACUGAUCGAAAUACAAGAUCAACUGGCUGUGCUUACUUAUCUACGCGAUACGUUCAAAUUCAUCGACAGGGAGAAGAUAUGUACGGUAGGGAGGGGGUAUGGUGGUUACGUGGCAGCCAUGAUGCUCCUGCAAGAUUUCCAUCAAGUGAUUAACUGUUCCGUUAGCAUAUCGCCUAUCACUAAUUGGAGGUAUUAUAAUUCAUUUUUUGCCGAAAAAUAUUUGGGGCUACCGUCUAAACAUCCCUUGGAGUACGAAAAUGCAGACUUAACAAUGAAGGCAGGCAAAAUUAAUAACCGCAACUUUUUAUUGAUAUAUGGCACAGCAGAUACGCGGAUCACGUCGCAGCACUCUAUCAUGCUUUCCAAAGCUUUAAUAGAACAGGACGUCUUAUUUCAACAAUUAACAUACCCGGACGAAUCGUAUGAAUUCAGUCAAAAGGCGCGACUGCACAUGUUCAAACAGAUCGAUCUCUUCUUCAACGACUCCUUCGGACCCGUCAUCGAUGAAUGGAUAGACGACACGGGCUUCUUCAUUUAAUGCAGGCUUUACCGUAACCACGUUAUAAUUAAUUAGUUCGCGAAUCUCAACUUUCGAAAACAGUUUUUCUAAUUCUAUCACAUCCUCUAGAUAAAUUACAUUUGAUCUGUAACGAUACAUCGUUUUUUCAGAAAUGGAAAGUCUCUAUUUAAGUGAAUGUGAUAACUUGGCAAAGAGAGAUUGACUCUUGAGUAUAGUUUAUUAAGGUGCAGCAAAAAAACAACAUAUGCUUUCUUUCUUAGUCCAGUAAAUGAAUUUACAGUUGGGGGUUGGAACCUUUGGUGUUACACAGCAAAAUAAAACACUAA